AUGGCGUCAGAGCAAGUGAGAAAGGAUAACGUUACAAAUCUGAGAGAAAUCCGCGCAGAAGGCGAGGAGAAAGUGCCCAAAACCGCGGACCGCCGUAGUCAUGGUACCUCCGCCGCCGAGAAAAUUCACGGCGGCGGAGGAGCCAAUAACACAAGCGGCACUCAGCAGCGCCGCUCUCAAGGCCAGCAGAAGAACGGAGAUAAAGAAAGAAAGGAAGAAAACUGGCCGUCACUGGAGGAAUCCGGGCUACACAGAGCGACGGCGAAGCAGAACACGACGGAGGCUCUAAGGGCCGCCGAGGAGCGGUACGAGAAGGCGAAAGAACGUGAACGACAGGCUCUGGACGAGGCAGCAGAGAAGGCUAGAAAAGCCGCCGAAAGUUGCUCACAGUAUGCAGCCUUUAAGAGAGCAGAAGGCGAGAGAGAAAAACAAGUAACAGAAACAGAAGACAGAAACGCCGGCGGCGGCGGCGAAGGGGCAAGGGACAUACAUGCCGGAGUUAAGGCGGAGGAAGGAGGAGGAACAGGGGUGUUCGGAGCCAUUGGUGAAACUAUAGUCGAAAUAGGAAAGACUGCUCAAGAUCUCGUAGGCGGACUUGGGCGGAGCAAGUGA